UUGUUGAGUUCACUUGUUCACUCAGAGUUCAUUCUCACUUCUUUCCAACUCUUCCAUCAGAUUUACAGGAAGCGUUUCUCAUUAGCCUGCAGCCUCUAGGUGCGUGGAUGUGCACUUCACUAUCAGUUUAGUGUUUUUGUUUUUCUGCAUGGUUUUUAGUUUUUGCACAGUUGGCUAGUUGAGUUCCGUGUGUCUCUGCGCGCCUCCGCCUCUUCUCUCCAGCAUGGAUUUAAUUUGGAUUGCGGGUUUAGUUGUGAGCUUCUGCGCCUGGUUUUCCUCAGCGGAGCGGCACAGCGUCUACUGGAACAGCACCAACCCAAAGUUUCAACGGGACGACUAUGCCGUGGAAGUGAAGCUCAAUGACUACCUGGACAUUGUCUGUCCCCACUACCCUCAGGGCGAGGUGCCGCUGGUGGACGCCGAGCAGUAUGUACUGUACAUGGUGGAACGUGAAGAUUACGAAUCCUGCAAGCCCCAGUCGUACGACCAGAAGCGCUGGGAGUGCAGCCAUCCGUUUGCCCCUCAUGCUCCGGAGAAGUUCUCUGAAAAGUUCCAGCGUUUUACUCCAUUCACCUUCGGGAAGGAGUUUCGUCAGGGACAAAGCUACUAUUAUAUUUCCAAACCUUUGCACCACCAUGGCAAAGAGUGUCUCAAGCUCCGGGUAGACGUCAUCGCAGCUGAUGGCUCCCAGGAGGCCAGAGUAGCCAACAAAGGUACAGCAGGGGAUGGAGUUGGAGCAGGGGGUGGUGCUCACAACCCUUCCAACAGACCUGCAGCAGAUGAUCCAGUUGCAGUCCUGCCGAAUGUCCAAAGCGUACACUCUGCAGCUGCAGCAACAUUCAUCUCAGUCCUCUCAUUGCUAGUCCCUCUAUUAAUAUUGUUACACUGAAAGAAAGUGAAAGAACUUACUUUUUUUCAGGGACUACAGUGAAGACAGUCCGUGGGGUUGGAAACCACUGACUUAAAAUAAAAAUAUUAUACCCAGUGCUGGCCACUGGAAGAUACUUUCAGAACUUGUAAAGUGCAGAUGGACCCUCAUUAAGCAUUUGAGACAAAGUUUUUGUGCUUUGUCUUAUUUUCCAGACAAUUACUGGGUUUGUUUUGCAAAACAAAGCCCUCGUUUAGUUGUAUUUGUCUAGAGGGCUCUACAAUAAAACUUUUUGGAGGAUAUCUUCCUUCUGAACUAUGAAGACGAAGAAGAAGAUAUCAUUGUGGAUGAAGAACAAUCAAGAGCACAAACACUAACUUGACCAUCUAGGGAUUGGAUAUCUGAACUCGAGCGAAAGAUCAACCCUCUCUACAACUUGUACACUAUUCCACUCUUGAGUAUUGUGUACUGAUAUGUCAUGUAAUCGUUACUGAGUGAUGUUAAUGUCUCAAGUAAUUACUUUUCUCUAAAUGUAGCAUUCACACACCCAGGAGCUGUUCUCGUCACCACCAUCCCUUAGCGGACUCGUGCUUACACACUGUAGCACUAAAAAACAUACAUUCAGUGGCUCUUAGAAGGCUUCACACCACCUUUUUUAGGGCAAAUCAUUUUUCAAAACUUUUUCCAUACAAGCUAUGAGCUCACUCUUAUACUAAAAUGUUGUUGAAGCACCUUUUUCUUGAAUUUCAGCAUUUAGUGUUUUUUGAUAGGAGUCUGUCAGGAUGCCACAUCUCGACUUGGAAAAUAUCCUGACUACCCCGUAAGGUUCCCCAGACCUAUCAGAUUGUGAAGACAUCUUCUGUCCUCAGUCCUCUUCAGGUGACCUGCCCAUAUUUUCUGUUAAGUUUUGUUCUGGACUAUGGCUAGGCCAUUCCAAAACCUUAAUUUUCAUCCCAUGAAGCCUGUCUUUUGUUGAUUUGGAUAUAAGAUUGAACUAACUGUAAUACUAAAAGAUAAAAUCCAACAUCACCGUCUGAUUGCUAGCAGACCCCUGAAUCUAUUCAUACCUCAUCCACCUUGACAAAAUCCCUUAGUCCAAUUUCAAGAAAAGUACCAGCAUUUUCAGUAUGGCUAUGGUGUACUUUUGAUGAUGCUGUGUAUGUUUUUGUACGAAACAUACCUUUUAGGAUUGUGCCCCAAAAGUUGAAGUUUGGUUUUAUCAGUUUAUAAAAACUAACAUUUUUCCCAAAUAGGAGAUUUUAACCAGACCUGGUUGUUUAAUUUGGAAGAAAAAAUGUCACACAACCCUAUUCUUUAGUCCAGACAUAUGUAGAACCUAGGAGAUUGUUGUCACAUGUGGAAACCAACCAGUACUUGUUGGAAAGAACUGCAGCUCCUUCAGUGUUGCUACGGGCCUCCCUGACCAGUUUGUCUGUUUUGUUUUAAAUAAUUUUGUAGAACUUUUUAGUUUUUGUAAUGUUCCUGUUGACUGCCUUCGCUGUUACAUGGCGAAUAUAUAAUGCACCUGAUUUAUGUCUUUGUUCAAAAAUAUUCUUUUGAUCCUUUUUACAAACUAUGACUUUAUCUAAAUGACGUAAAUGAUCAAAUGUCAAGAAAAAUUCACUAUUUUGUAUCCAGAUAUUUGCGGCUAUUAUUAGAGUUUUCCACGAAUCAUGCAGGGUAAAUGCCAGAUUAUUUGUGGAAAAAGUUUUACAUGAUUUAUCCUGGUCUCAUUUUAACAGCUGGUGGGUAGACCUUUUGAGAGCCACUGUAGUUUGAACACUGACGCACACUGCCACCUGAUGCUGUGUGAACACACUCCGUUACACACUACAUCAUUUUACAUGUACAUCCUGUGAAAAUAAUUUAUGACAUGUUUUUGCAGUUCAGAAGUUUUACUGUACAUACCUUGUGCUCACUAAAUGUAAUGUUUACUGAUGGCAAUGAGUACUGGAGGCGGUAUUUGUGCGAAAGGGAAUGUGUGUGUGUGUGUGUGUGUGUGUGUGCGUGUGUGUGUGUGUGUGUGUGUUGAACUGAAGAAAGGAGAAUGUACUUAAGCUGUGGGGAGUUUUGAUUUGAGUGUUGAGACAAAAUGUUUCUUCUGCCAAUAGCAAAAACACUGAGAUGAUGAUGUCUAUCGAGGAGAGGCUGGACUUCUCCGUUAGUUGGGUUAAUCCACUGUACUGGUUAAACUCUCUAACAGGAAGGGCUGGUUGAAAAUCUAACUAGGUGUUCAGUUUUCAAUCACUUAUUAGUCACCAGUUCCCAGCAGAACAGGACACAGCAUCGAACAGAGUUGCUAAGCUCAUCUUCACCUGACCAGAAACGACAAAGCACAACAGUGUAUGACUACCAUCUCUCUCGUUAUUUUUUACCUAAACUCUUGUUGCCUAAUUUUGUACAUGUGUAAGUAAGAGAAGUGUAUAAAAUGUCCAUAUGUGUAUAUAAGUAUAGAUUAUAUAAAACACCAGUUUGUAAAAAUGUGAAAGAUUUUCAUGUGAAAUAAAAAAAUAUAUUUUUGGAAAACCAGA